GCUACUUUAGUAGAAAUAUCAAACCAAAGGAUUCAAAACUAGGCAGCUCAUAUAAAUCAGUAAUAGUCAAGGGCCACCUCACCAGGCCUGCAAGCAACACAGUUCUUCUAUCAUGUUUGACAACGUUAUCUCAAAGCCUCUUGGGUUAGUUUUGAUUGUCACAGCUCACAUGGUGUUCAACGGCCUGAGCCAAGCUGAGAUCACUGGGCUCCCCGGCACCAACGUCACUCUUCAAUUCACGUUUAACGUCAGUGUCCCUGAAAGCUUUGCAGUUUAUACAAAAAACCACACAACAAAAUACACACAAAAGGUAGCUGGGUAUUCACAGGGCAAAAGCUCCUCAAAAGAAGAAAAUGUUAAGGUCUACGCUAAAAAUAUGUCCGUGUUCUUUCACAUUACAAAUCUCAAACUAAGUCAAAGUGGAAUUUACUGGGCCAGUUUGUUCAGGGACUUAGGACUCCCCAAAGAAAGUAAGAUGGUGGAGCUGAUCGUCCAAGAUGAGAACAGAAGCAGCACAGUGCCUCCAGUACCAAAUGACAUCACAAUAAAUGAAGACAGUGGAAGUCCCAGUUUAUUUUCUUCUCAAUUCGUCACUGUCCUUGUGGUUUCACUAGUAGUGCUGCUAGCUGCAGCAUUUUCCUUGUUGAUCUGGUGUCUCGUGAGAAGCAAAGACAAACAACAACCACCACCACAACAAAGCUCUAACCCCACAGUACAGAAAACAGAUGAGGCGUCCAACAAUGUGCCUGCACCCCCACUUGUCUACAGCUUCCUGGACUUUCCCAAAAGACCUUCGUCGGUUUUCGUGAUUAAUGCAAGUGAAACAGAGUACGCUGCUGUCAGUUAUCGCCCAGAAAAUAGACAAGGGUGACAUGCAGCUGAAUGUAAACUAAGUGGUCUCUCUCGGUUUGGGUUAUGGUAUGCAAGAUGAUUUAUAUAUAAUCCUAAUAUAUAUUUAAUAUAUGAUGAAUCCCUGCAAACCUCAAGCCAGCACACAUUAUGUGACAGUAACAAAUAAACCUCUUGAUUUGUUUUAGUUUUGUUAUCAUUAACAAAAACCAUAAAAGGACAUAAACCUACAAUUAAAAUAUUCUACUUAAACAUUCCUGCGGUGUCAAAAUCUGAUAUAUCUUAUGUAUCUGUGCCAUAGACCUUCAUUGAUGUCUAGUUUAUUUUGAGUACCACAAACAUUUUCCUCCGGCUGUAAAUACUCACCGCUGUGCCGCUGUGCCCUGUGUUAAUUAGAGUAUUUAUUUUACAUUAAAACAUUUUGAGCAGUUUUUACAUAUAAUAUAUAUUUUUGUUUUCAGACCAAUGGGCUUGUGGUUACAGACAGGAAAGUCAGAAAGUAUUGAGUGCUGGACUAACACACUCAUGGGUUUGGUCUUUUCAUGGGAUUUGUUGAUAAUAACAAAACAUAUAGAAUAAGGCUUAUUCCUUAAACCACAAUAAAAGUUAAAGUAACUAGCUAGCUAGUACAUUGUCUUCAGAUUUGUAAAUACAUUUCUGAAGUUGUGGAGGGACGACAGAUGACUGACAAGAUAUUAUAAUAUUUAUUAUACCAUAAGACCAUAAGUCUUAAAGCUAACUGACAUUUAAUUAAAAAAUAAAAUUCAACCAUUCAACCUUUCCUCUCUAGAUUUAAUUUGGACUCCAGUGUUGAAUUUUUCUGUAGUGACAUCUAUGACAAUUAAUAUUCAUAUACAAUACUAUAUCUUCAGCAUGGAGGUGUGGUAUCUUUAAAGGCUCUUUUUAGGUUUCAGGUUGAAGCUUUUCUUUAUCUUUUCUGUCAAUUAUUUUUUGAUUUGACUCAGAGUUUCCACUGUUUAAAUAAACAAAACUAAGAGCCAUUAGAGAAAUGAAACAGGAUAUGGUAAAAACUGUAUUUAGUUUAGAGAUCUCAGUUCAACAUUACUGUGUAUUCACAGGUAGCAGGAGAGAUUUUCCAUUUACUCUCUCGUGUGACAGUUUUACACAUAGGACAAUUAUCUGACACUAUCUGACUGCUAUUUUCCACUGCUUGGUCUCUGAAGUUCUCUUUUGGCAGGUUCUUGUUGAUGUUUUGAUAGAUUAGUCAGACGAAGUUUCGAUUUAUGUUCUCAAUGCCACAUUUUAAUGUCAUUAAUGCGUUGAUAUGUAUAUAUUAUGUAGAGUUAAAUUCAACCAACAUAUCUGUUAAUUAACCAGUGGCAGAUAAGCAGGUUGAUUAUUCAUCCCUGAUGUUGGUUAUUACUCAGGAAGGAAAAUAACCGACCAACCUGAUAAAUGAUGACAUGAGUUUUUGUAAAAGGUGGCCACAAUGGCAACCAAACACAGACUGAAGUUGUUGUUUUUUUAUUAUGAAAACCUUGUUGGUAAAAUAGCAAAAGUGCAUUUUGAAUCUACCAAGUUACUAAGUUUCUUGUUUUAUUAUUUCAUUGUACUGAAAUGCAGCAGUGAAUGUCAAAAUACAGUAAUACACUUUAUUUUUUGUGUGCUAAUAAUGUCCUUUGUUCAUCAAAGCUGCAAGCUGAGUUUGUUAAAUUGCUGGUGUCCUGAAUAAAAUGUCUCACAAUAA